AUGACAGCGCAGAUGGCGCGGCUACAAGAGCAGGUCGACAGCCUCUACCAAAAUAUGAGCGUCCUUCGUGCCGAAACUCUGCGUCUUGCGCCUAUCCAAGACAAAGUAUUACCUUUUCCUUCGAGCACCACCCAGGCCUCUCCGGCGAGCUCACUGUCUCCUCUGCACCGGCUCGAGUUGACCCAACCAAAGCAGGCACCCUUCCGUGGACCCACGAGUACAGCUUUCAGUCUGGACGUUGCAAAUACGACUAUCCACAACAUGGGCUACAAAGGUAUUGGUGAUGGCGAAAACCAGAGCACAUCCUUAUCUGUGCCCGAGGACAGCCCUUCCCGUAUGGCUCCCCAGGAUAACCCAACUGAUCCCUUGUGGGACUUUGAAAAAGAUGAGAUGAUUCGUCUAUGCCGUCUACACGAGGAAGAGGUUGGUAUCAUGUAUCCGGUUAUCAAGAUUCAGUCCGUCAUCGAGCACGUCCGCAACUUGUCUUCAUACAUGGAGUCAGCCAGGAAGCAGGGCAUCAUGCCAAUGAUCAAUGACGACAAGACUCUUCAGCUCAAAAUCGUUAUGUGCUGCGCCUUGGUCGUGGAAGAGCAUGGGCACAGUGAGAAGGCCAUCAAGCUGAUUGACAGCAUGGAUGCCGUUGUCAACCGGAAACUUAUGGUUGAUGCCGUCGAUUUUACGAGUCUCCCAGCUUUGUGCCUUCUUGCUGGUUACAAAUUUCUGGCCAAUGAGGAGAUCGCGGCGUGGCGUGUCAUGGGCCAAGUUGCAAGAUUGUGCUUAGAAAUAGGCAUACAUCGCCGGACGGGCCUCAUGAGCAUUCAAGAUGAAGAGGAAAGGAAGACUGCACUCAACAGCUUCUGGUCAGCCUACGUCUUGGACAGGAGGUGGGCAUUCAACACAGGACUACCUUUUGUUGUUCCUGAUGAAGAAAUCGAUCCAGACCUCCCAAUGCCCGAUGAAUUCCCCUAUCUUGUCGCCAUGGUCACCUAUUCAAGAUUGGGCGCCAAAGUUUGGCGUCAAGUUGCACAUUUCGGUCCUGUUCUAGCUCAUGAGCUUCGGCACGAGGAUAUGGAGCGGCUAGACCAAGAAAUUCUACAGUGGUAUGAGAAUGUGCCCGAGGAGGUCAAGCUUCGAAACUGGGAUAAACAGAAGCAAAUGACCUUGACGCCGUCGUAUAACCUGCAAAGGCUUCGAAUUUGGACAUAUCUUCGAUUUAAUCAGAUUCGCAUUUGGCUUUACACCCCAAUACUUCACAGCGCUACUAGCAUCAUGAGCCAUAUGACCCAAGCCCAGCGGGUGGUGGACUUGGCCAAAGAUACGAUUCGGUACCUUAGCCACCUCAACAGCACUACGAAUCUAUACCGCAAAAUUCAGGUUUUCUAUCACCAAUUCCUCACCUCGGCUAUUUCUGUUCUCUUUUUGGCUUCUGUGCAUGCACCAGUCAAGUUCAGCCCUACAUGCCGCGAAGAGUUCUACAUGGCCUUGGACCUUGUUAAGGAUUUAUCUGCCAAAAGCUGGGUUUCUCAGCGUCUGUGGCGAACAAUCUCGUCCCUCAAGGAAGUUGCUCCUAGCAUUGGUCUCCGCAACCAACAAGACGAAGAUCCGCACAACUCAGCUGCGCUCGCCAUGGCCGGACUUGCGACAGGGCGUUUGUCAAACAGUCCUGCUUCUAUCACGCCGUUCGGCCAUUCUUCGAUCCAGUCUUCGACGCCAGCGAUGACACAACAGCAGCAAACACCAACGAUAGACACGGUAUCAUCGCCGAAUAAUGGAGCACGUAUUCAAACUGAGAUGAGCCGGAUUUUCGAAGGUUACAUGGGGCUCAACGGUUUCUCCACGGGGGAGGAUAGUUUUGGAGGACCACCAAACACAGGAAUGACCCCGACGACAACAGGAAUGCCGAACCCAUAUGUUGACAAUGUUUUUUACCAUUUCAGGGAAAUGUUUUAG